CUCCGUUCUACUUCAUUUUCUUCUUCUUCUUCCUACUCGACGGAGGUGAGGAACCUCAAGUAUUGAGGUCAGGAGUAAAGUCGGUCACGAGUAGCACUCGGACGGGACGGACGAACGAACGCACGCACGUACGUACGUACGCGCGCGCGCCCGAGCCAGUGUACAAAGAUUCCGGGAGGGUUGGCAGACACAGAUCAGUGUAUACCGAGUAAACACUGAAGGCUCUGGGACUCCGGCUUCGGAACUCCAGCAGCUCUGGAAUUCCAGCGCGGAAAACGGGACUGCUGCCGCUGCUGCUGCCUUCCAGUCUACUCUGACAGACAGACACAGCCUCGUAUUAGUUUUUGAAAGGACUGUGUUUGCUUUAUUUAAACUCUUAAGUGAGAAAAGAAGAGUUUAUUAACGUGUUUUUUUUUCUGUGAUCAGAAACUGUUAGCUUACGCGAUAUUUAGGCCUACUGCUGCUUAUGCUGCAACUCUCGUCGGUGGUAAAUACGUUUUCUCCCCCUCUUGUCUUGCUGAGAGAUUCUUAGACCCAAAGACAUGUUUUACAAGCUUGCCACGCUUUUCCGUGACUAAAAACAAAAGACAGGUAGACUUGAAGUGACGCAUAACCACAAUUUUGGUGUGACGAAACCUCUAAGGAAAGACAGGACCAAAGAGUUUCCAAGCGAAGGAAUCUGAUAUGAAGUUCACUGCACCGUCCGCAACGGUGUUGCGCUCGUCGCUCGUCUUCUUUUUUUUCUUCUUCUUCUUCUGCUUCGUCUUAGCAGAAACCAGGUCCUCGAACGGACCGGUGGCGGAGGUUGCUGUCUUCGACACGGAGGGGGCAAUAAACUCGGAGACGCCAGAGAUUGCAGACCAGAGGGCAAAGAGAACCCGGCGCCAAUGGCGGGUGUACCGGCCAUCUCCCGAAUCCAAGAAGAAGAAGAACAGGAAGGGCGCCAGCGACCCAUCCUGCUCCACCCCUGGCGGAAUCUCCACCUUCACGUGGCUGAACUUCGCCCUCGCAGCCGGUCAGAUGGCCGUCAACAUCGCCAACAACAUCAACAACAAUAACAACAACAACAAUAACAACAACAAUAACAAUAACAACAACGAUAACAACAUCAACGUGGCCAGCAAUAACAAUAAUAACAAUAAUGUCAACGAUGUGAUGUUCCGCCCCCCGAUGGGGCGCAGGUCGGCCAGGUCUCUAGGGAAGAAUCUGAGCAUCGUCGAUUCCAUCUUAGACGACGUUUGUGGGAUCCAGGAAGAGGAGAAUUCGAGAAGAGAGCAUCUGGAAUCAGACGGAAUCACGAAUUCCGGAGAAGGCUGGCCUCCUGGAAACCAAGAUAAACCUGGAAUGAGCAACGACGACGAGUCGCUGGAACGGUGGAAUGUUGACGAGAGUGUUCCCACGAGUCGGGAUUUGAGAGGUUAUUCCAACGUCUUGGAAAAUAGACUGAACACGUCUGCAGGGGUUGACGACCAGGUGGCCCUCGGCACCGUUCUGGCACUGGACCUGUGGCAGACGGUCGAGGGUGAAGCGGAUCCCAAGUGCGUCUUAAACGCGUUCUGUACCACGGCGCGAGUUGCCUUAAGUUCAUUUUCAUCUGGUGCUUCUUCUUCUUCUGUCAGUUCUGUUACGGAUGUCGUCGCCUUCUCUUUGAGCCAGGUCAUUGGGUCACUGAUAGUAGAUAAUGCCAGGUCACGAAAACUCGACCUGGAUGCUGGCGACGUCUUAGCAGCCUUGGCACUGGGCAGAGAAGAUACCCACCCUUGCGCGGCCCUCUACCCAUGCCCGGGAAGGAUUCCCAGAUACGUCAAUUCUUCAGCUGGGCAACAGCCCUCGUCUUCGAUGUUUACGAUGGAAAACGCGAGGAAAGGGCCAUUAUUAUUUAUAUUCGUUUCGGCGAUGCUAGCCGUGGAUUUACCUUGCUGGAAUUGUGGCGUCGUGUCAGGGACAGUCCCGAGCACUCUGACGUCCCUAGGUAAACCGAAUUUGGAUGCUAUGACCUCUCAGGUGUCCAGGAGACACGAGUCACAUCAACAAGAAGAAGAAUCAUCCUCAGGACGCUAUAUUUAUGACGAAACGAUGACGCCAUCCCUCAGGAAUAAACGAGAAGAAGAGAGAGAUAUGCUGACCCCACUCAGAAGUUAUUCAAGUUCCUAUGGAACAGAAGACGGUAGACCGUACCGUAGGAGAUAUACUAAUGGUCCCACAGAAGAUGAGAUACCCGAGACCAAUACCAGUGAUUUUAAGACGAGGGAUAUUGGCAGAGGAGACACGAAAGAUAAAUUAUUGAAUGGGUCCACUACUUCAAGAGAACCCAGGAAUAUUCUGGAAUCCAGGUCUUUCUGGUACAUCCCUGGAGCCGUUCCAGCAACCACCACUACUGAGACGCCGCCACUCGACCCCCUGGAAUUUGUACUUCGGCGUCAGCAGAAUCGCCGACAGGGCCCGGUGAACAGGCGUGGGUCGGCUGGAAAGAAGAAAACUAAAGGGAAGGACAAAAUCACCUUCAUGAUUCCGCAAAGAAGUUCAUCUGAGGGCCACAGCCAAAACUGCCCCUCUCCCUCGGGGAUAGAGGCUUUCACCCUCCUCAACUUCCUGCUGGCUGCGGCUUCCAUGGUCACGAACAUCCUCAACAAUAAUAACAACAACAACAAUAACAAUAACAACAACAACAACAACCAGAACAACAUCAACGUGAACGCUAACAACAACAAUGCGAAUAAUAUCAAUAAUGUAAAUCUCAAUCAGAUGGGAAGAAAGAAGAGGAAUGUGGAAUAUAUAGAGAACAACAACGGCUCGCUUGCAGCAUCAACGAAUGCACCUUGCAAUGCGAUGCCCCACGAGAAUCAGGUGCAAGCAGCAUUGGUAUUGGCGUUCGACCUCAGCCAAGCUAUGCACAGGCAUCUCACUAACUCGAGUGUGACAACUAAAUUGCCGAAUAGAUAUUCGACAGUCGACUCUUUACCAUCCUCCCUUCGCAAAGACGUGUGCAGAUCGACAGAGCUCGCUGCUUCGACGGGUCGACUGACUGAGGUGGUCUUUGAUGAGAUGAGAACUACCCAACCAAACCAUGCCAAAUCUACAACUGGCACAAACCAUGAACCAAACUCUCCAGCCGGAGUUUCCAGUGACUGGAACGCCUUCCGCACUCUUUCCACACCAUUCCAGAGAACGUUCCAGGAGGUGGCUUUCCUGGUUAGAGCCGACCGCGACACUAACAACUCUGCCACCGCUGGAUCCUUUGCAGUUUAUUUUGAGGAAGAAUGA